CGUUGAUCUCUUGACAGCCACGCUGAAGCGGCUGGAGCUUUGCUAUGAGUAUUUAGUUCAGUGGUCGUCUGUAUGUUUGGUAGCGUAAAUACAUUUUAAUGCAUUUCUUUUGUAGUUUAGUAGUGAAAUAACGCGGUAAUAAUAGUGACCGGUAUUAUUUACUUUUCUUCCUAUCGCGGAAAAAAACACCACAACCGACUUAGCAUCACAUGGACCCAAAGCAAUCAUGAUUUGACUUAGUGGCUGCAGUUAGAAUCCCAGAUGAGGUGAUGCUUCCUGCCAUAAGCUGUCCCCUGCAGAGAUCUAUCAUCUCCAACAUAAAGAUAUGGAUCCGCACCUUCUGCUCCACAAAGCCCCACUCAGUUCACAACGAGGACACCGCAGAGACCCGCAUGAACCCCCUUAACAUCCAGAUGCUGUCCAGACGCCUGCACGAGCAGAUAUUUCGUGGUCUACAACCAGACUACCGAGAAGAAUCUGUGGACCGCAGUGUGAAGCACUUGCAGCGGCAUCAGCUGUGGGGACGAGAAACGUCACUGUUACCCGACGUGGAGCUAAAGCUUUCCAAAAUGUACGGCCGCAAUAUCGACGAGCAUUUUCGUACGUUGGCGCAGAAGCAAAGUCUUCCCUACUUGGAAGCUGCCACCAAGCUGCUGCAAGCAGAACCUCCGAGUAUGCCUCAGGAGUGGGCACGGGAGGCUGGAUGGACACGCUACGGGCCCAACGGGGAAAGUCACAGGGUCGAUUUCCCGGACGAGACCGCGCUUGUGUUUGAUGUGGAGGUGUGCAUAACUGAGGGACAGUGUCCUACACUGGCGGUUGCUUUGUCUCCUACUAACUGGUACUCUUGGUGCAGCAAACGUCUAAUUGAGGAGCGAUACUCCUGGUCGAAUCAGCUGACCCUAGCUGACCUCAUCCCAUUGGAGACGCAGGUGAACUCAGUCCGUCCUCCAGGGGGUCAGUGGAAGGAGCGUCUCAUUGUGGGGCAUAACGUCAGUUUUGACCGAUCUUAUAUUAAGGAGCAAUACUUAUUGAAGGGUUCUAAGGUCCGCUUUAUGGACACGAUGAGUCUACACAUGGCUAUCUCAGGUCUAACCGGUUUCCAGCGUACGCUGUGGAUGGCUAACAAGCUAGGCAAAAGAAGGGGCCUCCAGGAGGUCACCCAACACAUGAAGAAAGUCGGACAGAAACGAGACGCCCCAAAGAUUGGUUAUUGGGACUGGGUGAAUAUUAGCAGUAUUAAUAAUUUAGCCGAUGUCCAUGCUCUGUACGUGGGAGGGCCGCCGCUGCAGAAGGAGGCACGAGAGACCUUUGUAAAGGGGACCAUGAUGGACGUCAGGAACCACUUCCAGGAGCUAAUGAGGUACUGCGCCAUGGAUGUAGAAGCCACUCACCAAGUCUUCACAGAAGAGUUACCGCUCUUCAUGGAAAGAUGUCCCCACCCAGUCACGUUUGCGGGGAUGCUGGAGAUGGGUGUGAGCUACCUUCCUGUCAAUCAAAACUGGGGGAGAUAUCUGGAGGAUUCUCAAGACAUUUACGAAGAGCUGCAGCGAGAGAUGAAGAAGUCACUCAUGACUCUUGCUGAUGAUGCAUGUCAGCUUCUGGAGGAUGAGAGAUUUAAAAAUGAUCCUUGGCUUUGGGACCUUGAGUGGGACGUCCAGGAGUUCAAGCUGAAAAAACUGCCAGUCAGCAAGAGGAAACAGAACAAGAAAGUGUCUGAAUCCCAAAUCGCUCCUCCUCUUUCAGACUGGAUGGAAGAUGAAGGUCCACCAUCUGAAGAGGACAUGACAGCAGGUUGCCCCAAUAGGUUGGCUAUUGAUAAACUGAAGGAAACAGUCAAUCGACUUCCCAAGAGAAAACAACACCUGCCUGGACAUCCUGGGUGGUACCGUAAGCUGUGUGAGAAGAUGUCCGAGGACGGCUGGUCCCCUGGAGCUAGUCUCAUUAGUCUUCAGAUGAGAAUGACUCCGAAGCUGAUGGGUCUGACGUGGGAUGGUUUUCCCUUGCAUUACACAGAGAAACAUGGAUGGGGAUAUCUGGUUCCUGGACGCAGGGAUAACCUGAAUUCCCAGGAGGGAAGUCUAGGUCCAGUUUGCCCUCACAGAGAGAUCGAGCGUGUUUACAGAGAGUACUGUGAGCAGAACAGCAAGGAACAGCCUGAAUAUGACGAGUGCACGACAUCGGACGAUCUCAUGUGGACAGACAGCACCGUUUGGGCAAAGGUGGAGGAGUUUGGAUCUUUGGAGAAUCUGACAGAUGAAAUUGGAGCUAAUGCAAUAGCAAAUGAGAAACAACAACAACAACGCAACCGUAAUUCCCAUUAUGCCCCAGAGGAGAGUAACUGCCCCUAUCACCAAGGGAUUGGCCCCCACAAUGAUGUAGAUAUACCCGGGUGUUGGUUUUUCAAACUACCACAUAAGGACGGCAAUCAAAAUAACGUCGGCAGUCCCUUUUCUAAAGACUUCCUGUCUAAGAUGGAGGACGGUACGCUGAGGGCAGGGAGGGGUGGAACCAACGCCACGCGUGCCUUGGAAAUCAACAAAAUGAUGUCUUUCUGGAGGAAUGCUCAUAAGCGUAUAAGCUCCCAGAUGGUGGUGUGGUUGCGGAAGGGGGAUCUUCCACAUUUUGUGAGCAGACACAAAGAUUUUGACGAAGAGGGUCAGUAUGGUUCGAUAUUACCUCAGGUUGUCACGGCUGGGACGGUAACACGGCGUGCUGUGGAGCCGACGUGGCUGACUGCCAGUAAUGCACGUCGGGACAGAGUGGGCAGCGAACUGAAGGCAAUGGUGCAAGUACCGCCUGGCUACCACCUUGUCGGAGCAGACGUGGAUUCUCAAGAGUUGUGGAUUGCAGCUGUGCUCGGGGAGGCUCACUUUGCUGGCAUGCACGGGUGUACAGCGUUUGGCUGGAUGACCCUUCAGGGAAAGAAAAGCCAAGGCACGGACCUGCACAGCCGCACCGCCGAUGCCGUGGGGAUCAGCCGAGAGCACGCUAAGGUGUUUAACUACGGCCGCAUCUACGGUGCAGGACAGCCCUUUGCUGAAAGGCUACUGAUGCAAUUCAACCAUCGCCUUACUCAGACCGAAGCUGCCAGUAAGGCCAGACAGAUGUAUGCUUUAACAAAGGGUCUACGCAGAUACCAACUGUCUGAGGAAGGCGAAUGGCUGGUCAAUGAAUUGGAAAUUGAGCUGGAACAAGAGGAAGACGGAAGCAUAUCCCUGCAGGAGUUGCGGAAGAUCAAUAGACUGGCUUCACAGAGAUCCCGUCGGAGAAAGUGGGAUUUGGUGGGAAAACGUUUGUGGUUUGGAGGCACAGAGUCGGACAUGUUCAACAAACUGGAGAACAUUGCUCAUUCGGCGCAGCCUGCUACGCCCGUGUUGGGCUGCAGGAUUAGCAGAGCUCUGGAACCCAAAGCGGUAAAGGAUGAGUUCAUCACCAGCAGAGUGAACUGGGUGGUCCAGAGCUCUGCAGUGGAUUACCUUCAUCUGAUGCUGGUGGCAAUGAAGUGGCUCUUUGAGGAACACAACAUUGACGGACGCUUCUGCAUCAGCAUCCACGACGAGGUACGGUACCUUGUCCGCAGUGAAGACCGAUACCGAGCGGCACUGGCACUUCAGAUCACCAACCUUCUUACACGGUUUGUUUACAUCUGACGAGAUAGCUUUCUGGGCUGAAAACACAAUAGAACAAUAGACAUGGUUGUGUGUGUAUGUGUGUGUAUAUGUGUGUGUGCCCCCCCCAUC